CACUUUCAGUUAUGUGCAGAUUCAGUCUAGUUGCGUUUCCGACCACCAAGGUCUGCCUGGAAAAGUCUGCUCUGAGUGCUGCCAAAGGAUUUUGAUCCUUUCGAUAGUGAAAGUAAAUCAUGGUCUCGUAUAGCUCCAUUUCCACACUUCUCGUCUUGUUGACUUCUCUGCAAAGUGCGAGAACCUGGACCCCUAACACUCUCAGCAACUACUUUGAAGGCGCACAAAAAAAUGUGUAUCAGCUAAACGUAUUACCGGAGUAUAAGAUAGAACGAUAUGUUUUUCCUGAUGUUCUGACGACUUUUGAAGCAGAUUUAAAAGACGAAAUUAAUGAUGUGGAAGGGACAAUUAUUUAUAGAAUGUCGGAGGGGCCAAAAUCACCAAAGGCAGAAGGAAAAAAACCGGUUCUUUUUCAGCAUGGAAUUCUUUGUGACUCGGACCCUUGCGUUGUGAAUAAGCCUCAAAUCGCAAUAGCAUAUAUCCUUGUGGACCAAGGAUAUGAUAUUUGGUUGGGAGUAAGCAAUUCUUCCUUGGCCGAAAAUAUGACUUCCAGUGAGGAGGUGGAAAAAAGGAAAUUAGAACGAGUGGCCAAAUAUAUAUUAGCAACUACAAAAGCAAAUGAAUUAUCAGUGAUGGGCCAGUUUAAUGGAACCGUGAGAAUUUUUGCAAUUUCCUCUCCAUUCGUUGCAAAUAAUAAGGAACAUCAGUCAAAAAUUUCAAAGUGGUUGGAAUAUAUACCAGGUGUCAAAAUGGCGAAAAAAUUGUACCAGAAAGGAAAAGACUAUUUUGCAAUUAUGAUUCCAGAGGGUUACGACAAGGUUAUAGAAGGUAUUGAUAUUAUAGGAAAGAAAAUUGACUACAUUAUGGAUGAUUCAACCGUUAGAGACCUAAAGAAAACAGUCCUAAAAUCGUGGGGAUUUGUAACGAAAAUGGUUGUUCCAACUUUAGGUGUUGAUGAUUUUUCGCAAAUGAUUGACCAUCCGGAUGUUAAUUUAGAUACUCCCCAGCUGAUACGAAAGUACGGGUACCAUCCAGAAUCUCACGAAGUGAAAACCGACGAUGGAUAUUUAUUAACACUGCAUCGAAUCUGUGGAAAAAGUGAAAAUCCGGUUUGUCAAGACAAGCCUGUAGUUUUUCUUCAACAUGGAAUUUUGUCCAGUUCUUCUGAUUGGGUAGUGAUGGGCCCUUCAAAUGGUUUAGGUUACCUUUUGGCCGACGCAGGCUACGACGUCUGGAUGGGGAACUCUCGUGGUAAUACGUACUCAAAAGGUCACGUCAAUCUUUCCACCUCAGAUAUAAAAUUUUGGGAUUUUUCUUGGCACGAAAUGGGCGUUUUUGAUUUACCGGCAACAAUUGAUUAUAUUUUGAAAAUCACUGGAAAAGAGAAAAUUUUUUACACCGGACAUUCUCAGGGAUGCACGUCUCUUUUAGUUUUAUUAUCAGAGAAACCUGAGUAUAAUGAUAAAAUUAUCAAAGCUGCUGCUUAUGCUCCAAUAGCUUUUACAAGCCACAUGAGAAGUCCGAUUAUUAUCUUCUUUUCUAAAAUUUCUACUCCACUAUAUUAUAUGCUUCGAUUUCUUCACGUUUAUGAAUUUUUACCAACAAAUGCACUUCUAACAAACAUUGGAAGAGAUGCCUGUGAGGCUCGAUCACUAUAUCAAGUUGUAUGCAGUAACACACUUUUUAUGAUAACAGGAUAUGAUACAGAUCAAUUAAACAAGACUAUGGUUCCCAUAAUUAUCGGUCACGUGCCAGCAGGAAGCUCUAUCAAGCAGUUUUUUCACUUCGCACAAGAAUUUAAAUCGGGUAGGUUUUGUCAGUUUGACUACAUAAUGCCAUUUUUGAAUGAGCAAAAAUAUGGUCAAUCAAAACCACCAGAUUACAAUCUGCAAAAUGUAAAGGUUCCUAUAGCAAUUUUUUAUGCUGAUAACGACCUUUUGGCAGAUUACAGGGAUAUUGAAAAAUUAGCAGCAAUUUUGCCAAGUGUACAGCUGUAUUAUAAAAUUCCAAAUGAGAAUUUCAAUCACAUUGAUUUUAUGUUUGCAAUCGACUCCCCGAAGCUAAUUUACGAACCUACGAUAAAGUUUUUCCGGACUGCAAAACAUUAAUAUUUAUCAAUCUAGUUAAACCCUCUUGAGAUUUUGGUAGAAAUGAUUACUUUUUUCGUAAUAUUUUGUCUUUUUUUUCUAAUACAGAUAAAAGAAUAAUACAAAAUGAUAGAAACGCUUCAUUUUUGUAUUCAAAAUGUGUCCCAUUUUCAACAUCUAUUCUUUCUUAUUCGCGCCCCAAGCCCCCUCUAACUCUUGCAUCCACUCCUCAACCAUUCCAUCCUCCCCUAGAAUUUGUACCACUUCUCUUGCCAGCUUCCUCUAUCUUCCAUUCCUCUCCUACAUCCUUCCCCACUGAUAUAUAUAUAUAUAUAUAUAUAUGUGUGUGUGUAUACUGUAUACGAGAUAGCCAUAUAUCAGUUGAAGGAGUUUAAGGAAAAUUAAAAGAAGUUUUCGGCAAUUAUGGCGCCCCAAUGGUCGCCAGAAGAAGUAUGUGAAACGAGCGCAAAAUUUGAAAUGUCUAGUUUAUGAGAAACAAAAAAGGAUCAUAUUUGAUUGUAUAUGUAUAAGAACAAUGUGAAGAAAAUAAAAACUGAGUAUAUUCUA